GCGCACGACCGAGGCCCAGGACGACUACGGGCUUCUCCGACUGUGACGGUCGUAAUGGCAAGAACCUUGCUAACGAUCGAACGGAGUACGUACAAGAGGCCUCCUUCAAGGAAAGACAGCGCUGCUGCUGGGGAGAACUUGGCAGUAUCACGAAAAGAGGCGGCGGCGAGCUCGA